AUGCUGAAGGGCGGCUGCACGGAACCCUUGCAACGGAAGCAAUGUGGAAGAAUAACUACCCACAACUCCAGAAUUGGGCCGUACAGGUUUCGAUACUCACCUCGUGUACACUGCAGGAGCUGCAAGGAUAUGCGAAGGAAAGACAAUUCAGCCACUUCGACUCUGCAAAGACAGAAAAGCCCACCUGAAUCAGUAGUGGACAGGUCCAAGUCGUCUUUCUUCCUUAGGAGGUGUGAUGAAAUCAGCAAGGACAGCCAGUCUCUGAGUUCAAGCAUCACCUGCACCUUGAUUCUGCUCCUUUCCCUUACUGGUGUUGGGAAGCAGGGAGCUACUUUGCCCAGUGCACCAUCGGUGUGCCAUUCAACUCAUUUGCAUUAA